UAGUCGAGUGACGAGUAGUCUGCCUUCUGUCAAGAAUCAGUUCAGUUGUCGUCUGUUAUUCUUCAUUGAUUUAUAAUCUAUAAUAUUGUUUAGGGUUUAAUUUUCUACUUUGAGGUGAAGGUUAAAUAGGCUAUAUUUAAUUGGAAUAUAGGCUAUCCAAUUUUCUAGAAAAGUGAGUGGUUAGUCGGCAUUGAAUCAUUUUGAUGUGAUACUCAUCUUCUUGAUCUGUCAAGUACUGUAGGCCUAAGUUAGCUAAAAAUAUGGCUGCACCUAAUAGGGGAGAUAAACUGAUUGAAAUUGAUUCCCCUCCAGCUUCAUUUUCUACUCAGUUACAUUUUCAAGAGUUUACCUCUAAUGAUCUUGGCGGCGCAGCAAAAUUAGAAGUUCACAAUUCUCAUACUCUUACUUUCAACCAGACUCCCCAAACACCAGGAGCAUCCACAGGUGCAUCUAGUACACCGAUUUACAAUGAAACCUCCGAAAAACCAUCCUACUCUAUUUGGAGCCUUGAGUAUUAUCAGCAACUUUUUGAUGUAAAUACAGACCAGGUUGUUGAAAGGAUACUGUGGGCUAUGGUGCCAAAGCCAGGGGUUAAUUUCCUUCAACAGCACAUUCAAUCUAAACCAGAUUUGUAUGGACCAUUUUGGAUAUGUGUAACUCUAGUAUUUACAAUUGCUAUCAGCGGUAAUUUAGCUAACUACCUUCAGACAGCUGCAAGUAUGCACUACCACUGGAAAUACAACUUUCACGCCGUCACAUUGGCAGGAACAGCUAUAUUUGCCUAUGCAUGGCUACUACCAUCUUGUUUAUGGGGAUUUUUGAAAUAUCAAGGUGCACUUCACGAGGGGGCCAUUACGUUGUUAGAGCUGCUUUGUGUUUAUGGCUAUUCACUGGCCAUUUACGUUCCUGUCUCUGUACUUUGGGUCAUCCAAGUUGGUUGGCUACAAUGGCUUUUGCUCAUAGUAGGAGCAACUAUGUCAGGCUAUGUGCUAGUGACUGCUAUAUGGCCUGCUAUCAGUCAGCGCAGUAUGGUGCUUCUGGUAGUCAUUCUUGGCUGUCAUGUGUUAUUGGCUGCUGGCUUCAUGCUGUCCUACUUCCAUGCCUCUCCGCCCCCUCUAAUGCCUGAGACUCCUGCUCAGCUACCCACUUAGUCACCGGGCAGGAGUGGCACAAUAAAUGCAACAAUAUACAAAUUUGAAAGUAAAACUUUUUAAAUACAUUCCUCUCUUUGUUAAUAUGCAUUGUUUUGAUAUUUAAAAAUGUAUGUCUAGUUAUUCCAUUUUUUAAUAUAUUUUUUUAGAUACAAUAACAUAUUUUCAACUAUAAAAAAAAAUUAAAUACUAUGAAUAUUAAAAGAGUGGAUUAAUGUAUCACUCUUCUUGUAAAAAACUUAAUAUCCAAUUUCUAUUGUUUAAAUAUAACUACGACUAACAGUGCUACUUAAACGAUUGAAAAUUAUUAACAGUUGCUUUUUACGUUGCAGAUAUUGUAUUUUAUAAAUAACUGGAUGUAUAUUAUUUGUAAAGUGAUUGAAAAUGUACACUUGUAAAAUAAAGGAAAAUCCACCUAUA